AUGUCUGCCGUGUCCUUCACCUCCGUGCGCCCCAGCCUGGCUGCCCGGGUGCCAGUCUCGCCCCUGGGCCUGUCUCGCGCCUGUGCCCGUCCCAGGCCCAUGCAGCGCAUGGUCCCCCGUGCCACGCCGGACACACAGAAGGGGCCCAUCGAGGGAGCCAUCACCGAGGCUCAGGAUGCCUGCGCCACGGGGAGCACCGACGAAUGUGCUGCGGCCUGGGACACGGUCGAGGAACUGAGCGCGGCUGCAGCCCACAAGCGGGACAACGCCAAGACCGCCCAGCAGUCCGACCCCUUGGAGCAGUACUGCGAGGGCGCACCGGAUGCCGACGAGUGCCGCGUCUACGAGGAUUGA